AUGAUGGACAUGAAACAAAAUUGGAUCACAGGAAACCUUUCUCUUUGUUAUGAACAUCAUCCUAAUUCGUGUCAGAAGGUCCUUUAUCCCCUGCCUAUGAGAGUUGUGACUUACUUUAUCAUUAGUUUUGUUACAGUUCUUACAUUAAUCGGAAACCUUCUUGUCAUCAUAGCCAUCCUUCAUUUUAAGCAGCUCCACACUCCAACCAACUACUUCACUCUCUCUCUGGCUGUAACGGACCUGCUUGUAGGAGGGGUUGUGAUGCCUCCAAGUAUGACACACUCUGUGGAGACCUGCUGGUAUUUGGGGACAUUAUUCUGUAAAAUACACAGCAGUCUUGAUAUUGUAUUGUGUACUGCCUCUGUUAUAAAUCUUGCAUUUAUCUCUGUUGAACGCUAUUAUGCAGUGUGUCACCCCCUACUCUACCACAAAAUAAUCACUCCUCUGACUACACUGUUCAUGAUUGUUGUUUGCUGGAGCUAUUCUGUUUCAGUGGGAAUUAUUGUCAUUGAACUAAACAUUUUUGGUACUGAACACUACGGUGAUGUUAUAUGUGAGGGGGGGUGUACAAUAGUUAUAGGACCAGUGACAGCUUUGAUAUUGUCUCUGUUCUCUUUGUACAUCCCCUCUGUUAUCAUGGUGAGCAUAUAUAUGAAAAUAUAUGUUGUUGCCCAGAGACAGUCACGAUUAAUCCACAACACUCUCUCUCAACUAAAUACAUGCAGAGUGCAGCCCACCGUUAGUAAGGCAGAGAGAAAAGCCACUAAAACACUGGCUGUUGUUAUGGGGGGGUUUCUAUCAUUUUGGACACCAUUUUGUAUCUACAGCACAGUUGAGACAUUUUCGGUUUCCAGUAGUCCACCACAGGUUUUGGAAAUGGUUAGUUGGAUUGCCUAUUCAAAUUCAGCAUGUAAUCCUAUUGUGUAUGCUUUCUUCUACAGAUGGUUUAGAAAGGCCAUCAAAGUGAUUUUAUUAGGCAAAAUUUGUACAAAACAUUCCUCCAGAAUAAAGUUGUGUUGA